AUGCCAGUAAUAGAUACAGAGCUCAUCGAACCGCUCACUGCGAUCACGGACACAUUACUGAAACGGCCCGGAGUGGUGACGAUGCAGUCCAUCAAGAGAUUGUCUGAGAUGUAUGGGUUUACGACAUUUGUGGAGUACAUCAAGGGGUCUGCUGGCGGACAGAACAUGGUGAGGUUGAGUAUUUCAGGGUUGAUCCUACUAAUUGACGUGGACUUCUCCAUUCCUAGCGAGAUGCAGAAUUCGGUCGGAUCUCCCAUGUCACCGAGUGUCGGAACCAAUGUGAACUCCAUCGGGGUGCUUCCGAACACCUGCAUCCAAGGUGUUUCAAUCUCAUCUGCCAUCACGCCCGAGGAGAUUGACGGGAAGAGCUAUGACUUUCUGUUUGGUUUCUCCGGGUUUCCGUCGUGCAGCGAUGUGCUAUUUUCGAACUUGAAAGAGAAGACGUUGGACUCCUUCAACAUGAACUUGCGGGUUCUUCUCCAGUUUGACCGGUUGAGCAAAAACAAACCGGACGACUGGUUCACGAUGUUCACAGAACUCGUGUGGGGUCUCAACGAGCAGGCCCGGCUCGAAAGAAAGCACGAUGAGUAUCCGGACGAGGCAGAGUGGGCAGAUGGUGUCUGCGGUGUUGGGAGAGUGCUGGCCAACCAGAAUAACAAGGUGGGUCUCUUUCUACAGUACUGGGUGGACGACCGGUACACAAACCGGUGGAUCCGGGAGAACAAGGGGCUGGACGUGGUGGACCGGGUGUACACGAUGCACUUCAAGGUGAAGGAAAGCGUGGCAUUCAAGGGCAUGAACCAGUUCAGCACGGAAACGGACAAUGUGGAGGAGGCGGUGAACGGGGGCGGCGACGGAGAGGGUGAAGCUGGCGGCGUGUCCGGCAACGAGCAGGGCGCUCUUGCGGCAGUUGCCGGCGAAGCCGUUGACGACGACGGCGACGUCGUUAUGGAGAAGAACGACAGUGCCAGCACGAUGGGCGAGACGGACGCCGACGCCGCCGCCGGAGAUGGAGGCAGCGGCAGCAGCGUCCAGGGACGGCUGUUCGACGCUGCACAGGGCAGGUGGAAGACGGAGCACGGCACGGGCGCCAGCAGCGGCAGCACCGACGACAGGAAGCCGCAGGACAACUUCUCCCUCGUGGUCCUCGAGCUGUGUCCGCCCGUGUGGGUCCCCGAGGACGUUGUUUCCCUCGGCGGCGUCGACUACGAGGUCAUCAACGACGAGAACGAGAACUGGUCCGACAACUACGCCGCAGAGACCAGCGCCGACCGUGCGCUUGCCCGUCUCUAUGCUGCCGUGAACCGCUGUCCGGCCAGCGGCUGUGUCGAGCUUGCCCGUACAAAGGUCGACGUUCUCGUCGGCUGCAAGAUGGUCCGGCUUUUCAAAGUGCAGCUGGCCGACAUGAACCGUCUACGCGAGCUUGUCCGUGUCCUACGCAGCUGGUGCAAGGUGAACAGCGCUCUCCGGAAGCUGGCCACCGGUGUCGACAGCGUCUCCGUCACAGACGACUCCGACGAGCCUGCCGUGGCGCUCGACGACCUUUUUGCCGACCCACCAGCUCCACCGGCAUCUCCUAUUGCUGCAGCUGCUCCGGACACUGUUGUCGCCGUCCGGGCAGCCCCCAUCUCCGUCCACGUUCGUGCCGGACCUGGCCAGGAACGAGGUGGUGAAGUGAUUGAUGGCCGGGCCUCCGAGGCAGUUUUCGAAACGGCCGAGGCGCUUACGUAA